GUUCCAUAAUGACGUUACUGUGUUGUUAUGGAAACAGUGUGCACGUCUUCCAUUCCUAGCUAAACGAGUCUCCACUUUGGCGAUUCAUAUUAGCGUUGACAAGAGUUAAACCGUUUGUUGUAUUGUUCAUGAAGAAAUAUUUACCUAACAUCGCAAUGGACUCAAGUUUAGAGCAGCCAUCAACCAGUGAUCGGGACAAAAAGAAGGAAAAUGAUGCCCAGAGUACCACUUCGAGUGUUGGAUCGAUAAGUCAGGCAGAAGACUCUACCCGAGGAACCGUGAGCGAUAAAUGUAAUGGAAACUGCACCGGUAUAUCCUCUCUGGCUCCUAGUGGCAAAAAGAAGCAGAUGAUUAAGAUACUCACGCUUAUUCUGCUGCCCAUAUUUGCCCUAAUAACGUUGGCAAUUUCAGAUCUGAUUAACACUGUGCGUCGCAGUAUUGAUGCAACUGAAACGCGUAGGAACGUUCGUUUAAGUCAGCAGGUUGGAUCUCUUAUUCAUAGUUUGCAGCGAGAGCGCGACAUGACUGCACUCUACAUUAGCUCGUUACUAGAAGAAAACGGACCUGAACGCAAGACUUUCUUAAUAGAUACCUACCCAAUGACAGACGAGGUUCUACAGAGUCUUGACGACUGGCCAGUGAAAGGAACCAAGGCCUACAAGGAAUUUAAGAACAAACAAGAAUGCAUGAACUUCCUCUUUAAGUAUCGUCUAAUGUUAGACAACCAAAACACUACCAUCUACGAGGUAAUCCACUUCUACACAGACGCAAUACAAAUCUUUAUCGACUGGUUUAACGAGAGUGUCGGGAAGUCUGGCGGGCAAGGUGUUUGGGAAACACUGGUUGCCUACCAGCUACUGAUCAUUGGCAUGGAACAAAUCGGUAUCGAAAGAACAUUGGGUGCAGUAUUUUUUACUCAAGGUGGUUUUCACCAAACAGAUUACCUUUGGUAUAUGAAGACAUUUCAAGUCGGUGAGAGUAACAUAUGGGCGUCUCAAAAAUACUCCUCUCUCGUCAGCUCCAUCUUAGAUGAAAGAGUUUCUCUGAUAAAGUAUGAUUUUCAGACGACUAUCUCAAAUAUGAGAAAAGAAAUAUCCCAGAAUGACAUUCACAGAUUGCCAUCCUGGCAAGAUGGGACCUGGUGGUUUGACAACAUGACCAUCUACAUCGAUACCUUACAUGAGAUCCAGAGCAAGAUGGCAGUGAUUAUUCUCUCCAGACUCGACGAGGCAGUAAAGACCGAUAAUACUAGUUUAUCGACUGGUAUCAGUAUCAUGGUGGUAGUGAUCAUAAUAGGAAUCGUGAUUUUUAAAGCAGUUGAAUCUCUGACAUCAUCGAUGAAGGAGUAUGGACUCAUACUUGCUGACCAAACUAAAGUACUAAACAGUGAGAAGAAACGCACAGAUACGCUGUUGUACCAGAUGCUUCCAAAGAUUGUGGCCGAGAGACUAAAAUGUAAUAAAAACGUCAAGGCUGAAGAGUACAGUUCGGCAACAAUCAUGUUCUCGAAUAUUGUUGAAUUCACUCGCGUAUGCUCGGAAAGUACUCCCCUUCAGAUUGUCGAUAUGUUGAAUCAUGUGUAUACUGUCUUUGACAACUAUAUUGACAAAUAUGAUGUUUACAAAGUUGAGACCAUCGGUGAUGCUCACGUUGUUGUAUCAGGUAUACCGAAGCGAAAUGGAAAUACGCAUGGCAGCGAAAUCGCUCUAUUGGCAUUUAAUCUCCUCAACAGUAUUAAAAGUGUCGUUAUACCACAAAUGCCGGGCUACUCUUUGACGAUAAGAAUUGGUAUACACACAGGUCCAGUUGUUUCCGGAAUAGUCGGAUCCAAGAUGCCGCGCUAUUGUUUGUUCGGGGAAACGGUAAACAUGGCUUCUCAUAUGGAAUCCAGUGGAGUUCCGAACCGUAUUCAGGUUAGUGAAACAACUCACAAAGUUUUGUCAAACAUUGGCGGCUAUUCAAUGGAUAAAAGGGGGAAAGUUUUGAUCAAGGGGCAUGGAUUUGUCGUGACUUAUUGGCUCCUUCAAAAGGAAACUCAAUUAAGCGUCAGUCAGCGGUUUGACGUACCACCUAAGGGUUUCGAUUUCUUGCUGCCCGGAGAGUGCAGUCCAUAACCAGUUGAGGAAUGAAUAAUAGAUGAAUGAAUAAUUGUCAGAUUUUCUAUUAUCUAUUUUGAGUUUUAUCUCUGAUCUAACCCAUAUGGAUGUUUAAUCCGGUAAUAGCCAACGGUAUUACAACCCGAAUAAAUAGCUGGGGCUCGUGAAAUGGGAUUGAGCGUCAGUGCCAGAGACGACACAAAUAUACAGUAAUAAUAUUAUUAAUAUUAAUAUUAUAUUACAAUAAUCACAAUCAUAAUCACAAAACGAUUUAUUCAAUCAUCAAGUCAUAUAAAUUAAAAGUAUUUAAAAAAAAUCAAAUUUUUCUUAUUGCAAAGUACUUUUGUGGUUGGUUUGUACACAGAUUUGUUAUAUUCGACGUUAUUAAAUCACAUGUAGGCCUAUUUCCUCGUAAUAUCACGUUGUCUCAUAUAUGUGUAUAAGCUCUAUAGAAAAGAAGAAACGGAACGACUGUUUUAAAUACAGAGGCUUAAAUCUAUAACAAAAUUAUGUAUUAUUGUGUUUUGAAUAACUAUUAAAAUAUUUGUAACGUGUGAAGUUAAUAAAUAACAACGUACUGUAUCGGAACCCUUCCUAAGAUAACGUAGUCUCAGUUUAUUUUCUGAAUGCAUAGAUUUAUUGCUAUAAUAAUUGUUAUGUGUGUUAUAUUUUAAACUUAAACAAGUUCGAGUAACGAAAUUCGGAGUACCACAGGCAAUAUCUACAAAAUAUCAACAUCCAUCCUCAUUCUAAAAAUAAUUGACAGUUACAAUAAGCCCAACUCUCCGAUAUUGCGCCUAAAUGAAAAUUAUUAUUCU